AUGUUGUGCUGGGCUUGGCGACGAGCGGGCCAGCAGCUGGGCCCCCUCUUUCCUGCCGAACAUGGCCAGCUGGUACCUAUCGUCUUUCCAGGAUGUGUGCAGUGGGGAGGGAGGCUGCACACCAGUGGCUUUGGCUUUGCCCCCCUCCGAUUGCAUGUUCAACCAUCAGUGGCAAGAACACCAGUCCCGCUCCCGACAGGGCGGUCUGCAGGGAUUUUGGGCCCAGCGAAACGUCGGCACAACCAGGUAGUAGCAAAGUGGCAUUCUGAACUCAGCAGCGAUUGGGCAUGGUGGCAAUACAGUGGCCAGGGAAUGGCAAACGUGGGGAUUCGUGGGCACACCUCAUCAGAGUUGCCAAUGUUCUUGCGAAGGCAUAGGAAUGUAGGGACUACAAGGACUCAGCUGACCUUCAGCACAACUGCUGGCUGCAAUGUGUCAACACGCUUUGGGGCUCUGGCAAGGAGUCUCCACAACCAGGUCUUUGCUGGCUAUGGUUUGUGGCCAGCACCAUGGCUGAAGGAUAUCGAUCUUCGUGGUGCCUGGUGGUCUGCUGAGAGAUGGCUGCUGGUUUCUGGUGUGCUCCGCAACUCGUUUUGCUGGCUUCCCGAUAUGGUAGCAGGAAGCAUGAGACCAGGACGAUGGGCUGCUGUUGCUGUUGUGAACUCGAUAAAUACUGCAGGGCCACAUCUCCCACGUGUCACUUGCGUGCUGGUGGCGCAGCUGAUUCACAGUGCAAGAACUGCUCAGGCUUUGAGUAGGGACAUCUUGUAUCCCUGGAGGGAGGUGCAAAGCAUGCAGCACAGGCCACUUGGGUACCAGUUCCUGAGCAGAGGCAUGCAAGAGGUGGUGUUCAGUGUCUACACUUGCUGGCGCCUGUUCUGCUUGCUGGUUGCCUUUGCCCCACUUGUGCUGAGUGCACCUUUUGUACUGUCCAACGAAUGGUGGUCAGAGAAAUGGUGUCGCUACCUUCGCAGAAUGCUGGAGUGGUGUGGGCCAGCGUUCAUCAAGUGGGGCCAGUGGGCUGCAACCCGCCGUGACCUGUUUCCCCACAUGGUGUGCUUGGAGCUGGAGAAGCUGCAGGUCCAAGCUCCUGCGCACAGCUUUGAAGUGACCAGAUCUGUGGUUGAGGACACUUUUGGGUUCCCGCUGGAGGCUUUGUUUUCAUCAUUUGAGAGGGAACCGGUGGCCAGUGGCAGCAUUGGGCAGGUGCACAAGGCUACUAUUGGUGACUUUGGGGCAGCGAUAACAGGGAGGGAUGCUGGCACAGAAGUUGCUGUGAAGGUUCGCCACCCAAAUGUGGACUUGGCUUUUGAGAGGGAUAUGUCACUGAUGCUGAUGUUGGCACAUGGGCUUUGCAAGCUACCGUACGUGGCGGGAUUGAAGUUGGAGGAGACCCUCAAGCAGUUUGCAGGCCCCAUGCGAGAGCAGGUGGACCUCUGCAUAGAGGCAGCAAACUUGCGCUGUUUUCGACACAACUUCAGCAAUACCAACACCAUCAAGUUUCCUGAACCUCUUUUCCCUCUCGUGGCUCCAAACAUCUUAGUUGAAACAUUCCACAAAGGGGACAGUGUCCAAGAUGUUGUGAAUGGGCCAAGGUCGCCAGUGUUGGACCACAAGCUGGCGGAGCUUGGGACAUCUACUUUUCUAGACAUGCUGCUGGUCCACAACCUCUUGCAUGCCGAUCUUCACCCUGGAAAUAUCCUGGUCGAACUGGGACCACAAGAAGGCUUCUUUGCAGAGAUUCUUCGUUUUAUGUGCAACAGACUUGAAAAGCUGAGCAGCAGAAAUGAUCCAGAUGGUGCAGUGCAGAGGUUCGUGAAAUGGGCUAAAGAUGCCAGCGAACAUGCCUUUGGCCAGGAGUACCAUCUUGUUCUUCUAGAUGCAGGAAUGGCAGCUCAGUUGACGGAUAGAGAAAGGAAGCUCAUGAUCAAGCUGUUUCAAGCUUUUGCGAACUUGGACGGCACUGCCGCUGCAGAUGCAACUUUGCAAUUUGCAGGUCCAGCACAGACCUGCCCAGACCCACGGGCCUUCCAGCUUGGUGUGGAAGAUCACUUCCGGACGCUGCACGAAUCUUUUUAUUGGGCAGAUACACCUUUCCAGACAGGUGUCGAUGCAUUGGCCAAUGUGCUGGAUUUGGUCCGGCGCCAUCAGGUUGUGCUUCCAGGGCAGAUAUGCUCAUGCAUUUUUACAGUGUUUGUUCUGGAGGGCUGGUCUAACAAGCUGGACCCCAACCACAGUGUUAUGGAGCAGGUGGAGGAUAUGGUUCGCAGGUGGGACAGGGGCCUGAAGGGAGUGAUUGGAAACACAAUGGAGAAGCAGUGGCUGCCAGGGGAUCAGCGGCUUGCCGUAGCUUAG